AUGUCCAAGGAACCGAUUAUUUCAUCUAAUGCUUCUCAAAAAGAAAAUCCAAAUCUUCAAAUUAAAAGGCAAGAUGUAUCAACUCGAAAUGAAAGGCUAGACGCAGUUACACUUCCAGAACACAACGCACUACGCUUCGAUAAUUUAAAUUCUUUAAAUCACGAAGAUGACACAAUAUAUGUAGAUGACAGUAAUCAUGCCACAGUUCUUGAACAAGAAGAGAAAACAGAAAACACGUCAGAUGCCAAACCAUUCAAAAAAAAUCAACUUCUUGAUGACCCAAACUGGUCAUUUGACCUUCUGGAUAGAGGGGAAAUAACACUUAUUGAUAAAGAUGAGAUUAAAGAUUAUUUAAAUGAAGAACAACCCAAAAAUGAAAUCGAUGUACCACAGUAUUCUUCAUCACCUUUCCCAGACAAUACAAAUGAAGAUUUGGAGUUGAGAGAAUACUCUAAACUUUCAAAUCCGUUUUUGCUGUCAAAACUACGAAUAUCAAGAACUUCGAAUUCAUUUUAUACAUAA